CUAAGCAGCUGCCCUGAUUUACUGAUGGUGACUAAAUUAACAAUUGACAAGUUUAGUGACGGAAUCCCAGUUCCCGACCUCGUUCGCCCCGCGGGACGAAAUAUAUUAAAAAUAGGCCAACUCGCUGCCUUGUGACUUAGUCAGACGAUCCCCUUUCUUGCAUUUACUUAUUGGAUGAGUCUGAACCGCUUUCUUCUGAACGCCUUCCAAGCCAAACGGGCUCCCACUCUUCGACGCACUUUCCACUCCACUACUCUAGCCACCAUGCCUCGCACCGCUGCGACAGAAAGCUUCAAGUUCAACCACACCAUGAUUCGUAUCAAGGAUCCGAAACUAUCGUUACCUUUCUACAUGGAUACCCUCGGCAUGGACCUGGUUUCUGAGCAAAACAUGGGUGACUUUACCCUUUACUUCCUCGCCUUUGACCACGACGGGAUCGCCUCGCUCCCAGCCGAGCAGAAGGCUAAGGCUCGUUUCAACCGCGAGGGCAUCCUUGAGCUCACUCACAACCACGGCACCGAGUCCGACCCAAACUUCCAAGGCUACGCCAACGGCAAUGCCGAACCUGGCAGGGGUUUUGGCCACAUUGCUAUCACCGUGAACAAUAUCGAGGAGGCAUGUGCGCGUUUUGAAAGCCUCGGGGUUCCCUUCAAGAAGCGUCUCACCGAUGGUAAGAUGAGGCACAUUGCCUUCAUCCUGGAUCCCGACGGCUACUGGGUGGAAGUUGUUCCUCAGGCCUUGAGCUUGUAGAGAAUGUCGGUGAAUAAAUUGAAAUAGUAGUCAAGUUGUAUCCUUAGUACUCAUCUUGAAAGUAUGCCAUGUCUGCUGGUUUUCAAAUCACGCUUUGAAGUUUC